AUGAACAAUGCAGAAACUGGUGAUAAUUCUGAGGGUAAUGAUGAAGAUGGAGAAUUAGAAGGGAAUGAAGAACAUAUUUUAGAUGAGAAAGGGAAAAAGGGUCAGAAUGUGAAUGAAAGAGGGAAAAGGAAGCUGACUAAUCCAGAUAUUUUUAGAUCACCUUUUGUGAAUAGGGUAAUUGACCUAAGUGAAAAAGUCACUACUAAGAAAGAGAUAAUGGCACAAAUCAUGUUUAGAUGCGUUGCAGACAAAGAUCCAAUGGAAAUGCUGUUUGAAACUAAGUCUGGAGACAUAAUGGAUAGGGUGCAUUUUGAGGGUAUGCGUCCAAAUCAUAAGAUACAUCCUUUCGUUAUUGAUUGUUGGGCUGUUGUUCUUAAUUUUGAAGAAGAAAACCUUAGAAACAAAAAAUCACCACCACGUGUCUUCUUCAACACUCAAAUUAUGAUAGAAAAUUUAUUGGAUUCUUUAAUACCUUUUGUUGAAAGAUCCCAACUUUUUAAUGAGGCUGUAAACAAUUACUUAUAUGACAUCAAAAGAAAAGUGGAUUUCAAUUCUAUAAUCUGGUAUGUAUUUUUGAUUACAAGAUAA